UGGCUUUCACGCGCGCGCGCGCUCUGGGAGAGAGACAACGAUGCACCAAAUGCCCGUCUUGUAAAGGCUGAGCGACUGGCGCGAUUUCAACGCCUUUCACUCUUCACUUUUAACCGCGCUGUCCUUCGAUUGCAGAUAAUCGUUGGUGUGCCAUCGUCCACGCGUCGCAUCCGGCCCGUAUCAUGAUGGAGUUGCGUGCUUGCUCAUGCUAACGUUUUGUUCCUCGAUAGACCGUGUAUGCCCUUGCUCGGCGCAUGAUUGCUACGAAUUGUAUAUGGUAGGCACUACUCGUCCAAAGUUGCCAUUCAUUCCCCUUCAUUUGCGACUUUGACCUUCGGGCCUGCACAAGUCGUCCCCCAUCGAACCUUCCUUAUCUUCGCCUCCAGUUGGCAAAACUGCUUUUUCCGAGACUUUGCCCGCUCUGUGUGAGAUCUAGCAACUCUAUAGAUCUUUCGUUUCUCUUCUUGGUCGGUAAACACCAUGGCGGACACUGCUGGCUACCCGACCGAUACGUCCAAGACCGGCUUGGGAGUACACGACUCCAUGCAUAACAACAAGCGUAAACGCGACUCUCGCGACCAGGGCCUAAGCCGUUCCGCGCCCUCUGCUACUACCAACACCAGCGACCUGAGCGAUCAAGAUACCGCACAGUUCCUUGCUGCACACAAUUCCUCAACCAAUGACGACAUGCAGCAACAGUUCGAUGUGCACCACAACGGAAGCGGAAACACUGCGAGUGUUGGGGACACUGCUGCGGCCGCUCUCGCCUACCACCAAAUGACAGUUCCCCAAGCCACAGAGCUUUCUUUCCAGCCGCAAGGGUCCGCGGGGGAUGGAUCGUCAUUCAGCAUGGGUGACCACCAUCAACAACAGCAGGGCAUGCAGGAUUUCAGUCUCGAGGCUCUCAAAGCAGCCACGUCGUCAAGUCGCGGAGUGCCACCCUCAGCCAACGAUUCUCCUCCUUCUAGUGCUACCCACAAGCCCCAAGUUGGUACGGAAGAAUGGCACAAGGUUCGCAGAGAUAACCAUAAAGAGGUUGAACGACGUCGCCGCGAGACCAUAAACGAAGGCAUCAACGAACUAGCCAAGAUUGUGCCAGGGUGUGAGAAGAACAAAGGUUCCAUCCUGCAGCGUGCGGUUCAGUUCAUUACGCAGUUGAAAGAGAACGAACAACAAAACAUCGAGAAGUGGACGCUGGAAAAACUCCUGACCGAGCAAGCCAUCACCGAGUUGAGUGCUUCUUGCGACAAAUUCAAGUCGGAUUGCCAACGUGCCUAUGACGAGUGCGCUAUUUACAAGCGUGCAUGCGAGAAUGCAGGUAUCGUGCCUGACGAGAUCAAGGAGCGCGAGAACAAUUCCGACCAAAGCGGCUAG